GUAAAUUCACCAUCUGGCAACACUUUUAAACUAAAGGCGCAAUUUGCUUAAAUAUUCUGGUUAGAUCAUGCCACCGAAACGGACAAAAAAAGUAUCAGCACCAGCCGCACAGGAUGAAGUAGCUGAAGACUUGGAUCCAAACGAACCAGUGCUCUUCGUAGAGCACUGCCGAUCCUGACGAGUCUUUCGUCGCCGAGCGGAGGAUCUGCACUCCGCCCUCCGGGACCGUGGUCUCCGACAACUUCAGCUUCGGCUGAAUCCAUCUGGAGCACCACGGCGAGGUGCUUUUGAGUUGAGUUUAAACGCAGGAAUGGGAAAGCAGGAGCAUUUGCCGCUUUGGUCGGGUCUGAAGCGAGGGCCACCACGUGCUCUCAAAUUUCCCACUGUGGAGGAGAUACACGAUAAGAUCAUGGGAAUUUUGGGCGUCGAGCAGAAGUCCGAGGAUCUACCCAAGGAACAGGAGCUAUCUAAAGAAAAUUUAGAAGAGAUUAAAACCUCUGAGUCACAAAAGAAUCUGGAAUCUAAGGACCUGCCCGUAGACAAGCCACCGAAAGUUGAUUCACAAAAGAAAUCCGAGGAAAAGCCACUUAAAUCUAAAAAAGAGUUGGCCAAAACGAAGAGGCAGACCAAAUCCCAGAACAACCCGACAAAGACAGCGAAAUCCCAAGAUGAAAUCGAUGAGGAGCUGCCCCAAAGCAGUCAGAAGAGAAAGCGCCUCACCACCAGAUCCUCCACAGACGAAUCUGUAAGCGCUUCCAAGCGCAAAAAGUAGUUAUUCCCAAAAAGAAGAUCAUUCAGCAAUAGAGCCUUAUGAUCGAUGAUUGGCAAAUCCUCUCGAGGAACCAAUCGUUGAGAACACCUUCCGCCUUUGCUGAAUGGAUUUUUCUUUUUCAAAUAACUACAAGGAAAACACUCAUGCACAUUUGUUAUUACAAAAUAUAUUAAAACAUCUUAGAAACCUA